AUGCCUGUCUUCCCCAACAAAGUAACCUUCUUCGCCGAGGGCGUCGAGUCCUGUUUCGAACUCGAUGAACAGCACGACUGUCCCAUCUGCAUGGAACACCUUGACGAAACUUCACCAGAGCUUAAUCUAUCUGCCAACGUCUGUACAUCAUACAGCUAUACCAGCGUGAUGAGCGUACCCCGUGGACAGCGUAGCGUCGUUGUCAACGUUACUACCACAAUAAGCGAGGCUGCCCUUCAAGCCGAACAACACGACGACCACACCCCCAUCAAGAUGAUCUGUUGCUGUAACAACAUCUUUGGUCGCCAUUGCUUAGAGGUUUGGCUGAACGAUAGAAAUAGCUGUCCGACUUGUCGCGCAGAACUCUUUCCUAUGAACGCAACGAUGCAUAUGCUCAAUAGGGUUCAAAAGGCUUUCACGACCGCUGUUCUUAGUACGCAUCGUCAGUAUAUGGAUCAGGUGGUGCAUCAGGACAUCUCCGAGCAUGAUGAGGAUGAGUCGCUUCGGCUUGAGCUUGAAGAAGUUUGUCGGCCGCUUCGAUCUGACCUUGAACACUUACGUCGGCUUCACCCAGAUGUCUUUCUGCCGGACGCUGAAGAUCUGAAUCAGAAUGAAGACGAAGGAUUGAGGAGGUUUGAAGUCGAAGAUCAAUUUGAGGGCAUGUCGAAUCUGUUUCAGCCUGAAGAUGCACGUUCGAGUGGACCUGAGGUUGAAGACCUAUUUGAGGACAUAUGGACUGACUAG